AUGCACACACAGUUCUACUAGUACUAAUAGUUUACUUAUGAAUUGCACCCAACUUCAUCCUCCCCCAAAUCCCCACCCACCCUCUAAUCUUCCAAAAGUCCGUGGCAAAGAUGUGUGGGCAGAGGCUGAAUAGCACACAGUAGCCAAACAUAUAAAACAGAAGGACUUUCAGAAAAUUAGAGAAACUCAAGUUGACUCUUUGUUACAAGCUUGACCGAGCAGACUGCCAACAAUUUAUCAACGUGACCAGCGCAACUUCAGCAUAACGAUGACUGUAGUACCAUGGCUCAUCAUGCUCCUCUGUGUUAUUCUACCGACAGUGAAUGGUCUCACCUCCUUCCAUGAACUCUACAUGGUUGAUAAGGGGGACAGUUUGGUGACUCUGACAUGUCCCACGGCAUUCUCUGGAGCUAUGACGUGGAAGUACGAGGGAGAGACUGAGGAUUUAGACAAAACUCUGGUCCAAGGCCGUAACCUGAUACUGAAUGAGGUGGACUGGUAUGGAGAAUACAGCUGCUGGGAUGGAGACAAGAAACUAGGAUCCAUCUAUCUACUGGAGGAGCUGAAGAACCCAGACGACGAUGAUUUAAUCAGCUGUCGGGCCAAGUCUUAUGGCUGCACCUUUAACUGUAGCUGGACCCACAGUGAAUUCACAGCUGUCCGUCUUGGGCUGGGCAAUGACUGUACUGACAGCCAGGAAUCUUGCACCUGGGUGUACCCAACGACCAGCCUCCAAGAUGGAGGGUUGGAGUUUGAACUGACACAUUCGCUUUCACCCUACACUGAGGAGGCCGCUCCUCUAGUGGUCACUGUUGAGGCCAUCACCAGGCAGGAUUACCUCAGGAAGACUAAGAGGUUCUACCUACACGACAUUGUCCAGCCAGACAGUCCUGCAGGGAUGAAGUGCCAGGUGAUGGAUCAGAGAUUGAAGGUGAAAGUAGAACCGCCAGCCACCUGGAACUGUCCACCCAGCUACUUCCCUCUGGAGCACCAGAUAGGAUACAUUUUUAAAGACAACGGAAAGGAGGAGCACUCUACGAAUCCUCUCAUACCGAGAGGGGUCAGUAAGCUGAGGGCCCGCUCCAGAGACCCCCUGGUCCCUUCCCCCUGGAGCCAGUGGACCCCCUGGAAAAAUGUGGUUACGGGAGGCAAAAAGGAGGAGAAAUGCAAAGAGAAACGCAAAGGAAAAGAUAGCAUCUGCUGCAAGACUGGAGAAAAGAAGAGAACCAAGACUAAGUCGAGAUCUGCAUUCACUGCUAAUGAAUAACGGACAUCGUAUUGUCGUAUCACUAUGUGUUUCUGGGAUCUAGACAGUUAAAUAUGUCAAUAAAAUGUAAUAU